AUGACAGACAUAAAUGCCAAAAGACGCCCAACUUGGCUCUUACACAUUACCUCCACAUUUCCACCUUCCACAACGCCUCCGAAAAAAUCAUGGCGGAUGAACAUGAAGCACUUGACUGGGGAGGAGAAGACGACGAGCACUACGGUGUGUAUUUUAGCCUGUCUGUGUCGGCUUUUGUGUGACGACGACAUGUCUCUUCUGUUGCGUGGUGGCCUGCGACACUCACCAGAUGCAAAUGACAGAGACGACGUCGUGUCUAUUGGAGGAGAGGAAGAUGAUUUACAGGAACUAGCUGCAUUUCAUUCACGCACGCAACAGGGCGAUGGGGAGGAUGGAACUCCACAUCCUAACGUUCAGCCACCGUCGGUGGAGGCAACGAAAAACAGCCCACAGCGCGACCCUAAGGAUGCGCCUGCAACGCCCGGGUCUCCUCCAGCUGAUACGCCCUUACAUGACUCACAAAAUGAACGAAAACUUCCUCCAGAACAGUCUGAAUCUCAGUCUAGUUCUGGGUCAGUGAGGGCGCCGCUCAUGCACGCGCUGCCACCCAAGCCUUCUGUCGGUGCGCCUGGACCCGUAUCGCGUAGUUCAAGCUUUGUAGGUGCGAGUUCCAUGUCUGAUUCAAGACGAAAUCAGGAAGGGGAUAGUGGUAGGAGAGUCGCUGUGAAUGGCUCAAGACAGGCAAUCUCCUCUGAAGCGCUUCCCCCUGACUGGGAGACACGCCACUCGUCCGGAGGAGAACUUUAUUAUUACAAUACUCGGACUCUUGUUUCUCAGUGGGAUCGGCCAACACUGAAUGGUAAGGCACCGCAAAUGACCACAGGGGAUUCUUACACGGGCGACAAUCUAGCGAAGACCAGAGAUUCUGGCGACUCACGUUCAGAUAGGUUUAGGGAGACGCGUGAGUUCAAGCAAGCAGAUAGAUCGCGGCCUCCAAGUCCGGGACGUGAGCUCUCUCGUGAAGAUCGUCAUUAUCGUCCCGCUGACACCCCAGACGUGUCAUCAUAUCGUUAUCGCCUGCGAGACCGACGAGGACAGUCACCUUCACCUGAUCGUAGUCAAAAUGCAAUUCGCGACGAUAUGCCCAAAGAUAUACCCAAAGACGGUUUGUAUUCUCAAGCACGUGCGGAUAGGGAUACUGCCCGUUAUGACCAGAGACCUGGUAUCAACGAGGCAAGAAUGCGACGGAAGCCAUCCCCCGACGUACCUGAGAGGCCCUCUAUUUCUCGCAAUGACUCAAGGGAUGAACAAGCUGAUCGGAUGCGUGGAUCUACAUCCGAUAGAGGAUACGGGCGCGGAGCUAGACGUGAUGUAGUGCCUGCGCAAGAUUUCAGGUCCGGGCAACAGCGUUUUGCUGAUGAUCCCACGCGAGGUCCAUCGCUUCCCUCUGGUCAAUUCAAAGAACCUCUGUCCCAUCCGAGGGAUGACGCAUUAUCAUCUACCCAAAGAAGUACGUUUCAGCAUCGCAUAUUCCCUCUUCACGGACUGCGCAAACACAUGUUAUGGUUCAGUCUCUUGAGUGUCGUGCUAGACAUGCUAUUCAUGUCCGCGCUAGCUUUGCAAUUUUUUCUCAUCUUCCUUCGCCAUCCAUUCGCUCCAUCGGGUUCUCAUUCAUUUGUCUGUCCUUCCACAGGGAACAGAUCUCGCUCCCCGCCUCCCCAUCUACAGGCUUCGACAUCUUUUCGCGGUGGAAAUGAUGCGAACCGCAACUAUGGUGAACCGUUCACUGAGCACCAGUCGAAUGCACGCUUGCCAGGUAACAGACCGUCAAGGACGGAUUUCCAACCCGAUGAUUACGUGCAUCGUUCGCAAUGGGAGUCUUCAUCAGGACAUCGGGAUGCUGGGCUUGCCAUUGAUGUUGAUCUUCCUAUUCGCAGGCCCCGAGAACAGGAUUCCAGAUUGAGGAAUGACAUGGGCAUAGAUGUUAAGAGGAGAAGGUUAGAUGAUCAUAGUACUGACUCGGCAUUGGCUCGUCGCCGCCGGUCGCCUUCGCCAGUAGAGACACGAGAUGCAGCCAUCUCUUCGGGAGCGUAUGCGACUGGCAGAGACACCCGAUCGGACCGUCGCGCAAACAUCAAUGAUGGGAAACGUCCGUCUGGAGCCUUGUCGCAUGAAAUGUCGAGAGAUGAUGGUUGGGCCUCAAGAAGAAUGCGACAAGGCGAAUUGCCUAACGAAAUGCUUGGCCCUAACCCGGGGAACAAGACUGCAAAUACAUUUAUCCGGCCAGCUGAUGCAUACCGACCUGACACAGAACGCUUUGAGCGUGACAACGGGUGGCAACGGGCACCUACCGUUUCAUCGAGAGAUCAAGACGCAGGUAGACAGCUCAGAAGGGAUAGCCGCGGAUUUGAAGCCAGCAGGCGUGCAGCGGACCAAAUAGCAGAAAGCAAUUCUAGGUCACUAACUUUAGAGCCAAUGGACAUUGACGGUCCUCGUGUCAGGGUUGGGCCUCCACCCGGAGCUGGUUCAAUGUAUACGGGACGUUCGCUACACUCGAGAGAAAGCCGAGAAAUUUCCGAUUUCUCCGUAAAGGACGCCAGAAACGUGAAAACGAAAGGUCUUCCACCCUCACCAAUUGGAUUUGGACCGUCUAGAGAUAUGCAGGUUCAUGAUGUAAGAAACCUGGAAACUCCUGGCAUUGAUGGUCGAGGUUCUCCAUGUUCGCAGGAGCAUCGCGGAACACGAUUCGGUGCAGAAGAGGAUACUCGGCGAGCAAUUCCUGGCCAUGUCGAUGAAAACGUAAGGGAACCGCGAGUCGCUGCUUCUGACCCCAGCAAGAAGACAAUCGCCUCAGAUAAUCGUCAAGCGAACAUAUCUGCUCAGCCUAAAGCUCCACUUCUCCCGAAUGACUGGAUGCCAAGUGAACGGAUAGAUAUCCCGAACGCUCCUCGAUACAUAAGAUUAAAUCGAGAAAAAGCCAUGGCAGCAAAACGUGCACGUGCUAAUCCUGUUCCAGUUCCUCCUCCGAUGACGACGACGACGGGCAGUACUGUUGCGGAUUCUGCGUCUGUCGGGAGCCAACGAGACACAAAAACUGAUUCACAUCGUCCAGAAGGAACUCAACCUAUUCAAGAUAGCCGUGUUGCGGCUUCUCCAGGAGUACGCUACACCAGCCUGCAUGGCGACGUGGAACGUCAAAUGUCGUUGAAUGACAGGACAGAGAAUAUGUCCAGAAACCGCAUCUCUGAACGUGACACCGCGCGUGGAUUGGAUGAGCCAGGAUACCAGCCACAAGUCAAGCAACGUCCUAUUGAGAAUGGGGACUUUCAUCGAUCUGGGUCUCGAGCUUCUCGAUUCAGCAAGCCGCACGACGACGGGUCUCUCGUGAGUGAGCCACGCGUCUGGAUUACGCGGGAAGAUGCUGCAGCGAAGAGCGAGGCUCGUACUCGCAGUCCACCUUCUCCCAGCGGGGUCUCGAUGGGUCUGGUUACGAAUCUGUCAGGCGAUGCCCGUGCCCAUCGGUCUCGGGACAGCUUAAUGAAAGAUGCUACGGACCCUAGUGCAAGCCCAUCCUCAAUCAGCACGUACAACAGACAUAUCCCACCGCCCGACAGCAGCACUCGGCGACAAGUCCCAGAACUGCACUCUCCUAUCCAGUAUCCGGAUGAUUCACAUGGAGAUAAAGCUGGUGGUCGAGAUAGCCCGUCAGAGGAUAGGCGGAUUGGACAUACGCUUCCAUCCCAUCUGCCAAACAUAGUAAACGCACCCGCACCACCAGAGGUCGCUCGACGUGCAAACGAAGGGGAUAGGUACAAUAAGGGACCACGGAAUUUACGGGGCCCAAACAGUCCCCUUCUGCAAUCGAGUAAUUCCCGACAGCGCGUUGAGACGAGCAGGCUGGAGGCGACUCAAACAGAAUCAGGCUAUAAGGACGGCAGAUAUGAUCGCCCUGGGCAACUUCGUUCGAAUUCGUUGCUCCAACGUUUGAGCAUGACGGAUGGUAGCUCUCCUCCUGGAGAUAAACUGCCUUUACGUGACCGUUUUGACUUGUCAGAACCGGCUUCCGUGGCCAAGUCCGGUUAUGAGGAGCCACUGGCCAGUUCUGAGCACAAAGCGGAGCUUGACACUGGUCACUCAAAUAGUGAAGACAGGAACAGAGGACGAAACCAGCUACGCGGACGAGGGCGUGGUCGGAACAGAAGAAGGGGAAGAGGUGGUUAUGUCGAUGCAUAAGAGGAAAGGCAGUAGUUUAGUUCCUCUUUCAACGUAUAAACUGCAAUGCAGCGGCAGCGCUUAUCGGAACCAUCUGAAUGUGAUCAUUAGAUGGGCCAGGGGUACAGAGGUGUCCAGUGAUUUCUGCAAAUAGUAAACUUUCUACACCUACUUU